AUGCUGAACUUCGCACCCCAUCCUAGCGCCUACAUCGCUCACAAAAGGAAGAUACUGACGGAGACUAUUUGGAGCAUUGAAAACACAGGCUUUACUGUAAGAAAACUGCCAAGGCGAGUACCGGCAGAACCGGUACCGAAAUUUCUGGCUCACCGCGCGGUGUAUGGCAGCACAGCGCUUUACGCAGCCUCCACGAUAGCGACUCCACAGCAAAGCGACUCUAUCGAAAUCCUUACCAACGCAGGCGCAGAGCCAGAGCUCGAAGGUGGUGAUCACGGAACCCCGCUGAUGGGCGCGUGUGCAACCGGCCGCCUCUCGGCGGUCAAAGAGCCCGUAUCGAAAGGCGCCGUGAUCUGCUACACCAAAGCCGGCGAGACGAUCGGCGCUCUCCGUGCCUCGAAGCAUUUCCCCGACAUGGGAGGCUGGCUGCUCGUUGGGAGAUUUUAG